CCGCUCUGUCUUGCCGAGGGGGUGGUGCUCGUGAGCGCGCGAGGAUCGGGGCCGGGGCGCGGGGUGUGGGGCGUAACCCACGAGCCGGUGUGUGGCCCGCUGGCAGUGCCCCGACUGCUCCAGCGUUGAGCACGUCCAAGGUCCUUUAGGAAGAGGAGUAAGUUGAGCUGAAGAGCUGAUUGACUGGGCGAGGCAAGGGCCCAAUUGAGGGAAGCACCGGAGAAGGAUGGAAUAAAGCGGGCCUGCGGGGCUUUUUUGAGGAACGAAGAUGGACACAGAAAUGGACAUCCCAGAACCUCUUCAAGGAAGGACUUGUUGGCCCAGCUUUUGAGAGUGUGGUGGUCCUUUCAGAUGUCAUCUCCUUCAGCGACGGCCUCAGCUUCAGAGAGUGGCCUCGCCUUCCCUCUGAGGAGCAGCAACAUCCUGAGACUAAUGGUCAUGAGGAUGGAAGGACCUUGCUGUUUCUGGAACAACUCCCAUGAGCCAUCAUUUCAGCUUCAGAGCUCCCUGAGGGCUUGACAGAGGCUGUCCAGCCUGCAUCGAAGCUCAACUGCUCCCUCUGCAGGCUCUUCCUUCCGUCCACAGGUGUCAGUCUACAGUACACUCCCUGAUAACAUUCUGAACUUGAAACUCCUCUGCAGAGUCUGCUUCCUGGAGUACCCAGCUACGACCCUGAGUGUAUUUCGGACCCAAGGACCGAGGAACUGACAGCUGUCAGGCCGUGUAACUCCCAGUGUAAAAAUCCACAGAUAAUCCUUAUCAUUAGUCUUUCUUUUCCAUCAAAGAGAGAAGCAACACUUCACAGAGAUGGUCUAACCACAAUUUAAAGUCCUUCCCAUCCUCUGUUGACACUUUUGAGCCUCUGGAUUAAGAUCUCUAGGGACAGCAGAUUACAGUGCAAAGAACAAAGAUUUUGGAAACAAAUGAGGAUUUAUAUUCUGGCUCUGAAAUUUACUGUCUAUGAUCAAAUCACAUAAUGUGAGUCUUUGUUUCUUCAUCCACUACGUGGGGGAGCAAUUAACCUCUAAGGAGUUUUUGUGGAAAUUAAGGCAAUGCACUGCGGCUCUACAAAUUCUCUGGCUGCUGUUGGCCUCCUAAGUCCUCCCGCUCCCUCCAUUCUGGCAAACUGAACUUCUGGUAGGGACGACUCUGGCACCAUUCACAUAUGGGUUUAUGGAACAAAGAAUCAAAAAUAACUUCAGCAAUGAGAGAAGAGCUGGAGAACGCCACCCAAAAUGAAGAGAGAAAGGGAAGCCCUGUCCAGAGCCUUCGGUGCCCUGCGCCUCGCUCCUUUUGUCUACUUGCUUCUGAUCCAGACAGAGCCCCUGGAGGGGGUGAACAUCACCAGCCCGGUGCGCUUGAUCCACGGCACAGUGGGGAAGGCGGCCCUGCUCUCCGUGCAGUACAGCAGCACCAGCAGUGACAAGCCCGUGGUAAAGUGGCAGCUGAAGCGGGACAAGCCGGUGACUGUGGUUCAGUCCAUCGGCACAGAGGUCAUUGGCACCCUGCGGCCUGACUAUCGAGACCGCAUCCGCCUCUUCGAAAACGGCUCCCUGCUUCUCAGCGACCUGCAGCUGGCCGACGAGGGCACCUAUGAGGUCGAGAUCUCCAUCACCGAUGACACCUUCACUGGGGAGAAGACCAUCAACCUCACUGUGGAUGUGCCCAUUUCGAGGCCACAGGUGUCAGUGGCUUCGACCACAGUGCUGGAGCUCAGCGAGGGCUUCACCCUGAACUGCUCACAUGAGAAUGGCACCAAGGCCAGCUACACCUGGCUGAAGGAUGGUAAGCCUCUCCUCAAUGACUCACGAAUGCUCCUGUCCCCGGACCAAAAAGUACUCACCAUCACCCGCGUGCUCAUGGAGGACGAUGACCUGUACAGCUGUGUGGUGGAGAACCCCAUCAGCCAGGGCCGCAGCCCACCCGUCAAGAUCACUGUAUACAGAAGAAGCUCCCUCUACAUCAUCCUGUCCACAGGAGGCAUCUUCCUCCUUGUGACCUUGGUGACAGUCUGUGCCUGCUGGAAACCCUCCAAAAAGUCUGGGAAGAAGAGGAAGCUGGAGAAGCAAAACUCGCUGGAAUACAUAGAUCAGAAUGAUGACCGCCUGAAACCAGAAGCAGACACCCUCCCACGAAGUGGAGAGCAUGAGCGGAAGAACCCCAUGGCACUCUACAUCCUGAAGGACAAGGACUCCCCGGAGCCCGAGGAGAACCCCGCCCCGGAGCCUCGGAGCGCGACAGAGCCCGGCCCGACCAUAUAG